CGGUACAAAGCAAUCCCGCAGGUGGCAGACACACUGCAACUUUGCUUCACAGUCCUGGGAUACAGAGCGCAGAGCUCAUCACACUGCAAGCAGCAUCAUCUACUACCUAACACCAGGGGACAGGGGCUUUCUUAUACAAUACAGACUGAUAAUAAUAGAUAUUUAGUAUAAUUAGACUAGUUUCAGAGAAGGGGGUGGAAAGUUGCAGACACCAUGCAGAAUUGUGCUAAGUCAUGGGGAGUCCUGUGCAGAUCCGUCCGGUUACAGAGCAGGGCUGUGGGGUGCAGCAGGAGAGCUGUGUGGGGUACAGCACAGAACAUCAGAUGGAACAGCACCAGGGCUGCAGCAGGAGCCCCUGCCUCCCCCAGGCAGAUAGAGCUCAUCUUCCCCAGGCAUGACGACUUCUCAGAGAGACACAUAGGACCAGGGGACAAGGAAAAAAACGAAAUGCUGCAAAUUAUAGGAGUGGAGAGUAUUGAUGACCUGAUUGAUAAGACAGUGCCUGCUAGCAUUCGACUCUCAAGACCCUUGAAGAUGGACGAUCAAGUUUGUGAAAAUGAAAUUCUUCAGACUCUCCAUAACAUAGCAAGUAAAAACAAGAUAUGGAGGUCGUAUAUUGGGAUGGGCUAUUACAACUGCUCUGUGCCCCAAGCCAUAUUGCGAAACCUGCUGGAAAAUGCAGGAUGGGUCACACAGUACACUCCUUAUCAGCCUGAGGUAUCACAAGGCCGCCUGGAAAGCUUGCUUAACUACCAGACUAUGGUUUGCGAUCUCACAGGAAUGGAUGUUGCUAAUGCAUCCUUGCUGGAUGAGGGAACAGCGGCAGCAGAAGCAAUGCAAUUAUGCCACAGACACAAUAAAAGAAGGAAAUUUUAUGUAGACAGCAGAUGCCAUCCUCAAACAAUAGCUGUGGUACAGACAAGAGCCAAUUACAUAGGUGUCACAACAGAGCUGCUGUUGCCGGAAGAGAUGGACUUCAGUGCAAAGGAUGUUAGUGGUGUAUUGUUUCAGUAUCCAGACACUAAUGGAAAGGUGGAAGAUUUUGCCCAACUAGUUGACAGAGCCCAUCAAAAUGGAACCCUUGCUUGCUGUGCUACUGACCUCCUAGCAUUAUGCAUUCUGAGGCCUCCUGGUGAAUUUGGAGUAGACAUUUCGCUUGGCAGCUCCCAGAGACUUGGAGUGCCGCUCUGCUAUGGUGGACCACAUGCAGCUUUUUUUGCAGUUAAAGAAAAUUUUGUGCGGAUGAUGCCUGGAAGAAUGGUUGGUGUAACCAGAGAUGCUGCUGGAAAAGAAGUUUAUCGCCUUGCAUUGCAAACCAGGGAGCAGCAUAUCCGGAGGGAUAAAGCAACAAGCAACAUAUGCACUGCACAGGCUCUUUUAGCAAACAUGGCUGCUAUGUUCUGUGUUUAUCAUGGUCCGAAUGGCCUUAAGCACAUUGCCAGGAGAGUUCACAAUGCCACUUUAAUUCUGGCAGAAGGUUUAAAUAGAGCUGGUCAUCAAUUACAUCAUGAAAUGUUCUUUGACACGUUGAAGAUACAUUGUGGGUGUCCAGCAAAAGAGGUUCUGGAUCGAGCUGCACAACGUCAAAUGAAUCUUCGUACUUACAACGAUGGCUCACUUGGUGUAUCUCUUGAUGAAACUGUCACAGAAAGAGACCUGGAUGAUCUCCUAUGGGUGUUUGGCUGUGAAUCAUCAGCAGAGUUAGUAGCUGAAAAUAUGGGCGAAGAUUCAAAGGGCAUCUUGAGCACUGCAUUCAAAAGGACCAGCAAAUUCCUUGCACAUCAGGUGUUUAACAGCUAUCAUUCUGAAACCAAUAUUGUUCGAUAUAUGAAGAGACUGGAAAACAAAGAUAUCUCACUUGUGCACAGUAUGAUUCCUCUGGGAUCAUGCACCAUGAAAUUGAAUAGUUCAUCUGAACUUACACCUAUUACCUGGGCAGAGUUUGCAAACAUUCAUCCAUUUGUGCCUUUGGAUCAAUCUCUGGGAUAUCAGCAACUGUUCAAAGAACUGGAGAAGGAUUUGUGUGAGAUAACUGGAUAUGACAAAAUAUCCUUUCAGCCAAACAGUGGUGCUCAGGGUGAAUAUGCUGGUCUGGCUGCAAUCAAGGCUUAUCUGAAUGGAAGAGGGGAGCAUCAUAGAACUGUUUGUCUAAUCCCCAAAUCUGCUCAUGGGACAAAUCCAGCAAGUGCUCAGAUGGCCGGAAUGAAAAUCCAGCCUGUGGAAGUGGAUAAAAAUGGAAACAUUGACCAAGGUCACUUGAAAGCUAUGGUUGAUAAGCAUAAGGACAAUUUGGCAGCCAUAAUGAUAACCUAUCCUUCUACCAAUGGUGUGUUUGAGGAGGGUAUAGGAGAUGUUUGUGAUCUUAUUCAUAAAAAUGGGGGCCAGGUGUAUCUGGAUGGAGCAAAUAUGAAUGCACAGGUUGGCUUAUGUCGCCCUGGUGAUUAUGGCUCUGAUGUAUCUCACUUAAACCUUCACAAGACAUUUUGUAUUCCCCAUGGAGGUGGAGGUCCUGGUAUGGGGCCAAUAGGAGUGAAAAGGCACCUUGCCCCAUAUCUGCCAAGCCAUCCUGUUAUUGCCUUGCCUCAAGACAUUGAUGCACGGUCAUUGGGUACAAUAAGUGCUGCGCCAUGGGGAUCCAGUGCUAUCCUUCCAAUAUCAUGGGCAUACAUUAAGAUGAUGGGUGCAAAGGGACUCAAACAUGCUACAGAGGUUGCCAUAUUGAAUGCCAACUAUAUGGCCAAGAGACUGGAAAACCACUACAAAAUUUUAUUUAAAGGGUCUAAAGGAUUUGUGGCUCAUGAAUUCAUUAUUGACACAAGACCUUUUAAGAAAUCUGCAAACAUUGAGGCUGUAGAUAUUGCCAAGAGGUUACAAGACUAUGGCUUCCAUGCACCCACUAUGUCAUGGCCAGUGCCAGGAACGCUGAUGAUUGAACCGACAGAGUCUGAGGAUAAGGCAGAACUAGACCGCUUCUGUGAUGCCAUGAUCAACAUAAGGCAAGAAAUUGCUGAAGUUGAGGGCGGUAGAAUGGACUCCAGAAUUAAUCCACUAAAGAUGUCUCCACACACGUUGAAUUGCAUUGCAUCUUCUAACUGGGAUCGUCCUUAUUCAAGAGAAAUGGCAGCCUUUCCCAUGCCAUUCGUCAAACCUGAGAGCAAAUUCUGGCCAACGAUCGCUCGAAUAGAUGAUAUUUAUGGAGACCAGCACUUGGUAUGCACCUGUCCCCCAAUGGACGUCUAUGAAUCUCCAUAUACGGAACAAAAGAGAGCUUCCUCUUAGUGCUCAGAUUCCUUGUUUGCUUUCUACAUCACUGCCGAAAUCUAGUCGUCAACACCACAACUUUCUGUUUCAGAAGGCAAUUUUUAUUGUGUGUAUUUAUUACCUUUUUUAUUUUUUCUCUCCUCAAUUUGGCUGUAUACUGUUAAUAUUGAAUCGCUGCUAAGCAAUUUUGUGCGUACAAUCAUUUCAUGGGAUGGAAGCCAAUGAACUGAUCGGUUUUUGUAGUGCCUCUGGAUUAUUUGGUACACCUUCCAUUCAUUGAGUGUGCUUUUUUUUUUUAAUGUAGUUUUGACAUGUAUAAACUUUUUAUAUGUUUUACACUAAGAUUUAAACUAGUUACUUAACAGGAUAAACAAGCUAUUCUAAAAACAAUACUUAGCACAGCUGGGAUGAUUCAAAAAUCUGAAAAGUUUGGAUGUAUGUGGUUUCUUUAUUGGAAAUUUUUCCCUGUAUAUAUAUGUUUUGAACAAAUACUCUCAUUAUGAAUAAAUGGUAGGUAUUAUACUAUGAUACAUGUUUACAUAGUGCAUUAUAGCAGAGGAACCCUGAUGUGUUACUAAUUUACCUCUGUUAUGGAUGCACAUUGGCAUCAUUUUAAAUUACUUUGUAUUUUUAACUGUUCAUUUUAGCAUUCCAAUAAAAGACCAUUUCUGUUUUAAAUAA